CAUAAAAAAAAAACUCACUACUCUUGUUUUAGCCAAUCAUAUUUUACACUUCGCUCCCAGUGCAGCCUAUCGCAUUUUGGACCCCGCCCCCUGGCGCAGUCGCAGCCUAUCAGCUUCCACGGCCUCGUCCAGAUUCUCCCUCGGCUCGACCGGACGCCCGCUGAACUACAGUUCCCAGGAGGCCUUGGGGCCACGCCGCCUAACUUCCGGCCGAAAGAAUGGCGGCUUCCUAGAGGGUCGGCGGCUGGUUUGGAGGGAGGCUCCGGCUGCGCCUCCAUCCUUCUGGCUGCAGCCAGGGCUUCGUUGAUUCCCUUAGAGGCGGCGGGGGCUGCGGGCCGCCCGGAGACCGUCUCGGGGAGCCCACGCCCGUUGCCCAGGGAGGAUCCUGGCUUCCCCUGUUCCUGCUCCAUCCAGCCACAUAGGAGCCAUGGAAGUGGCAGAGCCCGGCAGCCCCACUGAGGAGGAGGAGGAGGAAGAGGAGCAGUCGGCAGAGCCUCGGCCCCGCACUCGCUCCAACCCCGAAGGGGCUGAGGACCGGGCACUGGGCGCUCAGGCCAGUGUGGGCAGCCGCAGUGAGGGUGAGGGCGAGGCAGCCAGUGCCGACGAUGGGGCCCCCAGCGCCCCGGGAGCCGGCCCCAAGCCCUGGCAGGUGCCCCCACCAACUCCUGAGGUCCAGGUUCGGACACCAAGGGUCAACUGUCCAGAGAAGGUGCCCUCUCCGCCCUCCGCCUUCUUUCAGAUCAUCUGCCUGGACCUGUCAGAGGAAAUGUCCCUGCCGAAGCUGGAGUCGUUCAACGGCUCCAAAACCAACGCCCUCAACGUCUCGCAGAAGAUGAUCGAGAUGUUCGUGCGCACGAAGCACAAGAUCGACAAGAGCCACGAGUUCGCGCUGGUGGUGGUGAACGACGACACGGCCUGGCUGUCCGGCCUGACCUCCGACCCCCGUGAGCUCUGCAGCUGCCUCUACGAUCUGGAGACGGCGUCCUGUUCCGCCUUCAAUCUGGAAGGUCUCUUCAGCCUCAUCCAGCAGAAGACGGAGCUGCCGGUCACGGAGAACGUGCAGACCAUCCCGCCCCCGUACGUGGUGCGCACCAUCCUGGUCUACAGCCGCGCGCCCUGCCAGCCCCAGUUCUCCCUGACGGAGCCCAUGAAGAAGAUGUUCCAGUGCCCGUAUUUUUUCUUUGACGUUGUCUACAUCCACAACGGCGCCGACGAGAAGGAGGAGGAGAUGAGCUGGAAGGACAUGUUUGCCUUCAUGGGCAGCCUGGAUGCCAAGGGUACCAGCUACAAGUAUGAGGUGGCGACUGCCGGGCCAGCCCUGGAGCUGCACAACUGCAUGGCGAAACUGUUGGCUCACCCACUGCAGCGGCCCUGCCAGAGCCAUGCCUCCUACAGCCUGCUGGAGGAGGAGGAGGAGGCCACCGAAGUCGAGGCCACCGUCUGAACCUGCCCUGUGCACCGCAACCUCCUUGUAAGGUGGAACCGGGCGGCCUAGAAUACUGGUUCUCAAACUGGGCCCUGUGGAACCCCUGGGGUUCCAGGAGCACCCAGGGCACCUGGGGGGGUCCCUGGGAGGAACGCCGAGAUUCCAAGGGGGCAUCCCAGGAACUCUGGACAUGCCCCUCCUCCUGUUUCCCAGCCCACACCGACUCCUGGUUUGUCAGUUGUGAUUUCUGUUGUUUUUUUUUGUUUUGUUUUUGUCGUCAAAAUAAAAAUCUGAAUAUUGCUAACCCA